ACCAACAAGAAACAGGAAGCUGUGUUUCAGCCGACUGGCCAGGCCUGCUUUGCCUGGAGCUUUCUAACCCAGAGUCAGGUGUGCUGAGGUCCUUCCGCAGAGGACUCUGCCUUUCUGAGCUGGCAACACUCGCCUAGCCCAAGGAUCCUUAAUUGCUGUGCAGAGAAAACUAUGACCACACUACAGCUUAAGGAGCUUUCACAGUCGGGCCUCUACCGGAGAAGGCGAGAGCGUCCUGAUAGUCUGAGAGUUAAUGGGCUCGCAGAGGAAGAGCUGAGGAAUGCAUACUACAUUUGUCCGACAAACUGGAAACGGGAAGAGCUUUCUGUCUCCGUUCUCUCACUUGCAUUGUGUUCAGUGGUCCCAGGAAAAUCAGAUGAAAAUUUCCACUUAAGCCAAGUAGAGAAUUACAGCAACAUGGCCAAUGCCUUGGCCAGUGCCACGUGUGAGCGCUGCAAGGGGGGCUUUGCACCUGCUGAGAAGAUCGUGAACAGUAAUGGUGAGCUGUACCAUGAACAGUGCUUCGUGUGUGCGCAGUGCUUCCAGCAGUUCCCAGAAGGGCUCUUUUAUGAGUUUGAAGGAAGGAAGUACUGUGAGCACGACUUCCAGAUGCUCUUUGCUCCCUGCUGCCACCAGUGUGGUGAAUUCAUCAUUGGCCGGGUUAUCAAAGCCAUGAACAACAGCUGGCAUCCGGAGUGUUUCCGAUGUGACCUCUGCCAGGAGGUGCUGGCAGACAUAGGGUUUGUCAAGAAUGCUGGCAGACAUCUAUGUCGCCCAUGUCAUAAUCGUGAAAAGGCCAGAGGCCUUGGAAAAUACAUCUGCCAGAAAUGCCAUGCCAUCAUUGAUGAACAGCCUCUGAUCUUCAAGAACGACCCUUACCAUCCAGACCACUUCAACUGUGCCAACUGCGGGAAGGAGCUGACUGCUGAUGCUCGGGAGCUGAAAGGGGAGCUCUACUGUCUGCCAUGCCAUGAUAAGAUGGGGGUCCCCAUCUGCGGCGCCUGCCGGAGGCCCAUUGAAGGGCGAGUAGUGAAUGCCAUGGGCAAGCAGUGGCAUGUGGAGCAUUUUGUUUGUGCCAAAUGUGAAAAACCAUUUCUUGGACAUCGCCAUUAUGAGAGGAAGGGCUUGGCCUAUUGUGAAACUCACUAUAAUCAGCUCUUUGGUGAUGUUUGUUUCCACUGCAACCGUGUCAUAGAAGGUGACGUGGUCUCUGCGCUCAACAAGGCCUGGUGUGUGAGCUGCUUUGCCUGCUCCACCUGCAACACCAAGCUGACUCUCAAGAAUAAAUUUGUGGAGUUUGACAUGAAGCCAGUCUGUAAGAAGUGUUACGAGAAAUUUCCUUUGGAGCUGAAGAAAAGACUUAAGAAACUAUCUGAAACCUUAGGAAGGAAAUAACUUUUGGUGUCUUUUUUCUCUCUUCUAAUCAAUGUUACUUAAUUUGAUUGACCCUGAUCCACCGUUGCUUAAAACUAUAUCAAAGCAUUAGAGAAAAUGUUUUUUUUCAUUUUGCUGUUCUCAUUUGGAACAAAGAAAAUGUUUAUUUCUAUCUAAAACACAGAUGAAAUCAGGACUUUCAUUUCUUUAGCCAUAUUAAUCUGUAGGCAUUAAAAGUAUAUAACCAAAAAGCAAAAGCAAAAAAAAAAAAAAAUGUUAAAGGGUAGUUUUAAUUAAGCCAUCCAAAAUAUAAAUUUAACUCUUCAGAAUUAAACACCCUGCUCUAUGGAGCAACAGAAGCGCUUGCCAGUCCGAGUGGACUAAGUGGAAUCCUUAAGAAAGCAUCUGAAACCAUGUCCGUGCGGGUCAUGUGGAACGGGAACGAGAACUCAUUCCCACAAGUUGUCCUCUAGCUCCACGGAUGGCCACGGUGCUCUACGCCAACACACACAGUUAAUGAACGUAAUAAACAACCACUGUUCUCAAGAGUCAGCUGUUACAUGACUCACAUGUUGAAGGACUCCAAGUUUUGCUUUCUAUUAUUAUCAUAAUAAUUUCCCAUUCCUAUCCUGGAGACUAUGUAGGGAAGAUAAGUAAACUUCCAAAACAGCUCCUAUGUAGUCAUGUGCUUAUCCAGUUAGCAUUGUAAAAGGAACAUGCAUGUUACUAAGAAGCAAAAACAUUUCAGAAUGAUUUUUUUCAUAUUUUGUUAAAUCACUACGCUUAGCUUUCUAUUUCAUUCUCCUUAUAGAUUUUUUUUCAUAAAAUACUUAACAUACUUGUAGCUACUAAUGUGUCUUUUACAUUUUUGAGCAAAACAAAACAAAAAUACCAGUUAUCUGGAAAAAUACUGCAUGCAUCAUGAUAUUGAGGAAAUGAAGCAUUUUAAAAAUAUAUUACACAAUUAUGCUUCUAAGCGUAAUGUAAAAUACAUACUAUUCAAAUGGGACAUGAAAUGCACUAUUAUGCAGCUUAGAAUAUAUGCUUUGAAAAGCGAGCAUGAGCCAGGUGUGUUGGCACUGGGGUUUAGUCCCAGCGCUCUGGAGGCAAAGGCAGCAGAUCUCUGUGAGUCCUAGGCCGACCAGGCUGCAUAGUAAGACCUUGUUUUGGAAAGAGUGACUGUAUCUCACAUUACCUUUGUGCUGAUAUCUAUGCUUCAUACAUAUUCUAACUUGCCUUGCCUUAGAAAACUGCAUCCUGUAAUCAGGAAUUCUAGGUAUUUCCUAUAAUACCAAAAUAAGUAUUUUGACUGAGAUUGAUAAAUUUAGAGUCAUUCACAACUGAUAUAAACUUUAAAAAUUCUUUUCUCAGGAAGCCAAUGAAAGUUAAUUCCUGACCUCAUAUUAGAACCAUGCUGAUAUAUUAAAACAUAUUUUAAUGAAGGCUUUUUCAUUUCAAAUGUCAUAACUGGGUUUUAUUUACUAUAAAGUAGUAAAACAGUAUAAAUGAUACUUUUAGAUUGAAAGAGGGUAGUAAGAGUAUCAACUUUAAGCCGGGCUGUGGUGUCGCACGCCUUUAAUCCCAGCACUUGGGAAGCAGAGGCAGGCAGAUUUCUGAGUUCAAGGCCAGCCUGGUCUACAGAGUGAGUUCCAGGACAGCCAGUUGCAGAGAAACCCUGUCUCAAAAAAAAAAAAAAAAAAAAAUCAAAAAAGAAAAAAAGAGUAUCAACUUUAAGUAAAAAUCAGUGAGUUCUAUUUUAUAAAAUAUUUUUAUUUUGAAAUAUCUGGACCAUUCUUUUUAUAUAAACUCACUAUGCAAAAGUAUGAACUUUUUAAAAAAAAAUUUCUGCUGCUAACAUGUUACCUUCUUUUUCUCAGUUGCCAAGAUUAUUCUGCAAACAUUGCUGGAUAUAGUGACUCACAUUAUAGUCUCAGCACUUGGGAGGCUGAGGCAGAAAGAUUGCCAUGAGUUGGAGACAAAUUCUAGGUUACAGUGUGAGAUGCUAGCCCCCCAAAACAUCCCCUCAAACAGAAACACUAGUGUAUUGUUUUGCCAUAAAGACUAUCUCAGGAGCCUAGGAAAAUGCUCAGUCAGUAAUGGACUCACUCCAGCCUUAGCACUUGAGUUUGAACUUGGAGGGGGCAGAUCCCUGGACUCCCAAGGUAGCCAGCUCAGCCUCACAAGUGAGCACCAGAUCUAAGGGAAUCCUGUAUCACAAAAAGAAGUGGAUGGCUUCUGAGGAAUGACAACCAAGAGUGAUAUCUGGCCUCCACAUCUGCGCGCGCACAAACACACACACACACACACACACACACGCACACACAUCUCAGGAUGCUGUUACUCUGCCUUUAAAUGAUUGUAAUCAUGAAUUUCUAAAAUACUUGGUUAUGCACAUUAUGGAGUACAUUUCUGUUUUCAGAUAACUAACUUGUAACCAAUCAUUUUAUUUCCUAAUAUUCUUUUCGAAUUAAGAGAUUUAUAAGUAAUUAAAAAAUAUACAUGCUUUUGUAUUGUUUAGCAUUUUAAAUUUGUCCUUUUGACAAUAAGAACCAAAAUUUCUUCAGUGUGCCUUUGUGAGCUAAGAAUGACUAGCAGUGAUUACCUUAAAAGUAUUUAUGAACUAUUGUACAUGCAUUUAGGCAAAUAGAAUUUGUAGCCUAGGGUCUUGAAGCUAAGUUCUUACGUACCUCACUGGAAGUAUGGAGCAGAAAGGCAGGCGUGCCCGUGCUUCCCGUCCGCGUUAGAGGUGCACCCUUGCCUGACUGCCUUUGCUUACGUGGCAUCGCUUGGCCAGCGUCCCCACUGCUGUCUCUGCUCACUUCUCUGCAGACAGGAAUAGUCCAGGAAGUUUGAUCUCACAGUCAGAUAGUUAUUCAUCUGGAGAUGGUGCUUUUCACUGUUGGUAGAGCCCUUAGUGCGGAAGAAGAUGGCGGUCUACAUGGGGCCACGUCAAGGAUUUCAUCUGGUUCCUAUUAGUUGUGAGGCUUCACGGGCUGGCAUUUGUCAGUAAACAUCUCUGUUUGAACAAUCUGAAGUAAUUCAUUGUGCUUAUGACAUUUCUAAGUGCCCUUUUUGUCCUUACUUACCUUAACGUAACAUGGAAAAUGGAUACACAAAAAUAUUUUUGUGUCAUGUUCAAAGCCUUAUUAACACUUUGCCUAAAAUAAGUCAUUUUGCCUCAUCCAUUUGCCAAAGUAGCCAAUUCCAAGUUAAGGAAACUUUGAUGUAGGCUGACAAUAUCCUUGUAUUUUAUUUUAGAUUGUAAGCUUAAUGGUAAGAAAUUAUAUCAGCAAUUGUGCUUUUUAUGUAGCAACCAUUGCUAUAUAUGUUUGGUGCUUAAUAAAUAUACAAAAUUA